CUGUGGAAAAGACAUGGGCUUAUUUGACAAUCCAGCAACUUUUGGAACAAGGCUGGACUCAUUGGAUAACACCGAAGAGAGAAACCAAACUAAAGAAGAAAAAGCUCUUAACCUAGCUUUACAGUAUUCUUUUGUGACUCCGCUCACUUCUCUUGUUGUCGUCAAGCCGAACGAAACUGAGUCUGUCCGUGGACACAACACAAGUGAAACCUGGUUCAAAUGACAUGUUGGGAAGCAGUUCUUUUAUGCCUGCAUGUGAGUUUUUCUCUUCAGUUUAAAAUAUUU